CUAACUGCAAAUAAACAAAGUUGAAGCCUGAAGGCGGCCUUGAGCGUCGGAUGUGGUCAUUGACACGCAUAAUAUUUUCGUGUAUGAGACUCGUGCAGUCCAAUUUUUAAAUAUACCUAGCUCUUUAAUGUAGGUAAUUUCUUGUGUAAUUUUAUUUAUGUCUUAUACCGAAAUGGAAGAAAGUGAUAGAGAAACCAUUCAACGAAACUACGCUACUCUGGUUCGCGAAUGUAACAUUGAAAAACUUCUUCCAGUUUUGGAACAAAAGGAAGUCUUCCCCACACAAGCAAUAGAGAAGUACAAGACACUCAAGGAUAAUUUGAAAAUAAAACGAGCCGUAUUCUUCGAAAUUCAAUCAAGAGGACCGAAAGCAUUUGCCAAACUGGUUACGUCCCUACACGAAACCGAUCAGUCUGCCUUGGCGGAACGUCUGGAUCCGACGUUCGUCACUUACCUUCAACCGAAAAAGCACGCGCGACCAUUUCAACUGCCGACGAAUGUCGCCGAGAGUACUUGCAAUCCUGAGGACAUAAUCGCACUCGCACAAAAUAACGCACAUAACACUAUUAAUUUGAAUGCAGAACCUCUUAAGGUCAAAGUGACGUUUUCACACAGUUUUUAUGAUCAACAUACUCAUGUUCCUACGUAUAGUACGCACUCGAAGAAACGAGGCAUCGUGUUAAUUAUCAAUAUGAUAAAGUACAUGAACGAUGUGCAUUUGGAGCGGAAAGGUGCCGAAGUCGAUGGUAGAAACUUAAUCGACUUAUUCUCCCAAAUGGGUUUCAUAGUGGAGUACCACAUAAAUUUAUCAGCUAAUAGAAUUAAGGACGUUAUCUUUGAGUUUAAAUCAUCUCCGCAGCUUGAGGGUUGUGAUAUGGCAUUUGUGAUAAUUAUGGGCCAUGGUGAAGAUAUUAAUCAUAAGAAAAAUACGCAUGUUUCGGACAAUCUUUCCGAGGUUAUUGGUUACGACAAUCAAUCGGUCUCGAACAAAUGGAUAGAAGAGCAGUUUACGAAUGGUGAAUGCAAAAAGCUGCAAAAUAAGCCCAAGAUUUUUAUGUAUCAAAUGUGCAGGGGCAAAUUUCCGGAUUUUGGUGCAGCUCAAUCUCGCAUCGAACACGAUUCGGGUAUUAGAACACCUCGACCUGCUCGUGUAAUGUUACGAAGUUGUAGUGAUAUGUUAAUUGCUCAUUCUACACUGCCAGGCGAUGCAUCUCAUCGAGACGUAUACUUGGGUACAUGGUACAUUAAUUUAUUUUGUAAAUACAUGAUGCUACGCGCUCAUGACACGCACCUAGAAGACAUAUUUAAACUAAUUGAUUCCGAACUGGCUCAUUUACGUUCGGCGGAGUAUACCAUGCAAACUUCCAUGUACACCAACAUCGGAUUUAAGACUUGUUACGUACAUCCAGGAAUUUACUUGGAUGGUAAUGAAAUUCGAAGGAUAGAUGAAGACGCCGUACCUGAAGUUAAUGACAAUGUUGCGUGAGGCAAAAAUGACAAGGUUGGGAGUUCUAAUUUGUGACAUAUUAGGAAUAUUAGGCAGCACUCAUCGUCAGCGAGUGAUAUUGUAUUGUUGAUAUUUUAUUAUGAUAAUUAAUUAUAAGUUGCGGUAUCAUAUUGUAUUGCUAUUUUGAUUAUGGAAUUUACAGUAAUUGUGCAAUUUUAAAAAUAAAGUAUUAUUUUUUCAA